AUGGAGAAUAAGGGACAUAUUUUGAUGAAAAGGUACGAGCUGGGGAAAUUGCUCGGACAAGGGACUUUUGCAAAGGUUUAUCAUGCGAGAAACCUUAAAACUGGCCAGAGCGUGGCUGUUAAAAUCAUUGAUAAAGAGAAGGUAAUGAAGAUUGGUUUGAUCGACCAAAUAAAACGUGAGAUUUCUGUAAUGAGGCUAGUGAAGCACCCCAAUGUUGUUCAGUUGUACGAGGUUAUGGCCAGCAAAUCCAACAUAUAUUUCGUCAUGGAAUACGUCAAAGGCGGCGAGCUUUUCAACAAGGUGGCCAAAGGACGGCUCAAGGAGGACGCCUCCCGGAAAUAUUUCCAACAGUUGAUUGCCGCGGUCGAUUUUUGCCACAGCCAGGGUGUCUACCACCGCGAUUUGAAGCCAGAAAAUCUCCUUCUUGAUGAAGCAGGGAACUUGAAGGUGUCAGAUUUUGGGUUGAGUGCAUUGCUGGAAUCAAAAAGGCAAGACGGCCUUUUGCAUACAACAUGUGGGACUCCAGCAUAUGUGGCGCCGGAGGUGAUAAACAAGAGAGGCUAUGACGGCGAAAAGGCCGAUAUGUGGUCAUGUGGAGUCAUUCUCUUUGUUUUGCUAGCUGGUUAUCUUCCGUUUCAAGAUAGUAAUCUCAUGGAAAUGUAUAGGAAAAUAAUCAAAAGUGAAUUCAGGUGCCCACAAUGGUUCCCUCCUGAGGUUAGAAAGCUUCUUUCAAGAAUUCUUGAUCCAAAUCCAUUUACAAGAAUUACAGUAGCUAGGCUCAUGGAAAAUUCCUGGUUCAGAAAAGGGUUCAAGCAAAUUGAAGUCACAGAUCUUGAUCUCGACAAGGAUGAUUUUCCACACAACAUUUUUGACGCCAUUGAUUCAGAUUCAGAGGGUUGUUCUUCCAAACGGAAAGAAGAAAAGAAAAAAUUUCCUAGGCCACAUAGUUUAAAUGCGUUUGAUAUAAUCUCUAAUUCCCCAGGAUUCGAUCUGUCGGGUUUAUUCGAGAAGGACGUGAAAAACAAGGCGGAGGUAUGGUUCCCAACCGAAAUGCCGCCAUCACAAAUUGUGUCGAAAUUGGAGAAGGUGGCUUCGAUGGAUAGUUUCAGAGUUAUGAAAAAAGAUGGACUAGUGAAAUUGAAAUGCAGCAAAGUGGGGAGAAAAGGGCAGCUGUCGAUAGAUGCUGAAAUAUUCGAGGUGACACCGUCUCUUCAUGUGGUGGAGGUGAAGAAAAUUGCUGGAGAUACCUUGGAAUAUAGGAGGUUUUGUGAUCAAGAGUUGAGGCCUUCACUCAAGGAUAUAGUUUGGACUUGGCAGGGUAAUAAUACUAGUACUACUGAAGAACAUUUGCAGCAACAGCCUGAACAACAUGAAGAUCAUAUACUCAACCACAAGGCAUGCUAG